UAUCUGCCAUUCAAAUACACUUCACUUUAUAUGCAGCUUAUGUCAGCGUCAGUUACAUGGAACCUUAGAAAAUGUUUCAGUUCAUUGUCUCUAAGUCUAAGUCUAUCAUUGUAAAUAGAGUUCUAAUCAAUGGUGCCAAAAAUGCAUCUACUUCGCCUCAAAAGGCGGAACCAGAAAAGAAAGUGCCAAAAUUCAAAAAGUUUAAGAUAUAUCGAUACAACCCUGAAAGCACUGAACGUGGUAAGAAGCCAUACAUGCAGGAAUACACAGUUGAUGUAAGCAACUGUGGGCCAAUGGUGCUUCAUGCAUUGGAAAAAAUAAAAAUGGAACAAGAUAGUUCCCUCACAUUUCGAAGAUCUUGCAGAGAAGGAAUUUGUGGUUCUUGUGGUAUGAAUAUUAACGGAGUAAAUAAGCUGGCAUGUUUAGAAAAAAUUAGUACAUCGACAAAAACCAAAAUAUACCCACUUCCUCAUAUGUAUGUGGUUAAAGAUCUAGUGGUGGAUUUUACGCGAUUUUUGGAACAGCACAAGAGGAUAAAGCCAUACUUGAUUCGAAAAGAUGACAAGUUUGAUGAAGGAGAAGAGUAUUAUCUACAAAGUAUCAAAGAUCGUGAUAAAUUAGAUGGGUAUGUGGAAUGCAUUCUGUGCGCUUGUUGCUCCACUUCUUGUCCAGAAUAUUGGUGGCACGGACAUGCAAAAGCGCCUAAUGACUUUUUAGGACCUUCAGCUUUACUGAAUGCUUACAGAUGGAUUAUAGAUUCGAGAGACCAAAACACUAAAAGUAGAUUGGAUGAACUAAAAAAUUAUUAUUCCGUUUACCGCUGUCAUCAAAUUAAUAAUUGCACAAGUUGCUGUCCAAAAAAUUUAAAGCCUGGGUUAGCAAUAUCCAAGCUUCGUUUACUAUUGGCAGGUUGUUCAAAGAAAGGAAAACCAGAAAUGGAAGGAGUUAUCAAAUCUGAUCCAACAAAAGGAGCAAAACAUCCAUGCUAAAUACCUUUUUGCAAAAUCAUGUUUAAUAAAAUUUAUUUAUUACAUCA